GCUACUCUCUGCGUGCUUGAUUGGCGUGUUGGUGAAACGAUACGCGUCUCUGCAACGCUAUUGGGUAAAAUCCCUGUCAAUCUGACAGCGGCUUUAAUCCGGGUACCUGCACUCCGAAAAAUACUGGUGAUAUGCAGUACGUUACUCUCUCAUGAUGCCGGGCAGCCGCAGCUCCCAGACAGCCAUGUGAUCACUACUGUAUUACAAGUGGAUAAAUAAUGUGCACUGCUCUGAGCCCAAAGGUACGCAGUGGACCUGGCCUCUCUGAUAUGCAUCAGUAUAGCCAGUGGCUGGCCAGCAGACAUGAAGCUAAUUUGCUACCGAUGAAAGAAGAUCUGGCCUUGUGGUUAACCAAUCUGUUAGGGAAGGAGAUUACGGCAGAAACUUUUAUGGAGAAAUUGGAUAAUGGUGCCUUGCUCUGUCAACUUGUAGAAACUGUGCAGGAGAAAUUCAAAGAGAGCAUGGAUGCUAACAAGCCCGCCAAGAAGCUGCCCUUAAAGAAGAUUCCAUGCAAGGCCAGUGCACCCUCAGGAUCCUUUUUUGCCAGAGACAAUACAGCAAACUUCUUAUCCUGGUGCCGAGAUUUAGGGGUAGAUGAAACGUGUCUGUUUGAAUCAGAAGGUUUGGUCCUCCACAAGCAACCCAGAGAAGUGUGUCUCUGUUUGCUGGAGCUUGGCCGGAUUGCAGCCAGGUAUGGUGUGGAGCCUCCUGGUUUGAUAAAGUUGGAAAAAGAAAUUGAACAAGAAGAAACACUCUCUGCCCCUUCUCCUUCACCUUCGCCUUCAUCAAAGUCUUCUGGAAAAAAGAGUACGGGAAACUUACUGGAUGAUGCAGUGAAACGGAUUUCUGAAGAUCCUCCUUGCAAAUGCCCAAGCAAGUUCUGUGUGGAGAGGCUCUCGCAAGGAAGAUACCGAGUGGGAGAGAAGAUCCUCUUCAUUAGGUUCCUCAGUAAAAACAUGGAAUCUUGGUUCUGGACCCAGCAGGUGCCUUCACCACCUAACUGCCAAGACUUUUAUUUCAGGAAUCUUACUGAUUCACGUCAACUUUUCAUUCGCUGGAAUGGUGUGUUCCGCUCUUAUUAGUAUUAACAUUUUCAUCUGAAGCUUGGUUGUAUGUUGUUCAGGAUAUAUUCUGCCAUUUCCUGCCAUCUUGUUAGAAGCAUACUAAGAUCUUGAGGAAAUAGUUGUGUAGAUUUUGGGAGGAACAAGGUAUAAGAAUUUGGGUUUAAUAUUGGCCUUAGGAUAUAUACUCAAUAGAAUAUAUACUCAGUUUGCUUUACUAUAAUGAAAAUCCUGAUGUUACCAAAAAAAUUUUACAUCACAGUGAGUUAUUUAGAGAUAUUUGCCCUGUUUCUCUAAAAAGAACAUCAGCAAGAAAUCACUCUUCUUCUAGCUGCAGCUUUCUCUUAUAUUCAUUUCCUUUUACAUACUAGCUUCUCUUGCCAACUUCUAAUUCUCCUGCACUAUACUCACAACUUGUUCUUCCAGAGCUCUUGGCUAUUAUGGAGAAAUGCCUUCUCUCUAGUGCAGAGGUUUUAUAACCUAACUUGUAAUACAGCUACAUUUUAGGGCACUAUAAACUCCAUGGAAAAAUUAUAAUUAUUUGAGCUAUCACCAUGUAAAGGGCUUUCUCAUUCUCUCUCUUUUUUUUAAACUAACUCUAUAAUUUUUGGGGGUUCAUUUUCACAGAAACUGACACCUUAGUUAACAGUCUUUAACUUUUACUCUAAAGAUGGUCACUUGUAUUUUUCUUGAAAUCCAGCCUCAUAGAACAUGUGGGGCAGAGAUGAUUGGAUAGUCUCUCUGAGGCCUCAUUUGAAGGCAGGUAAAGGGAAGACCUGGGAUUUCAAAUUCACUUCUAACUUUGGCAUUAGGCAUAACGUCUCCAAGGAUCCCAUUCCCUAACUGCAACACCCAGACAAAUAGUAACACAUUAAUUUGUCAUCAUCCACCAGUGUGUUAGCCAUGAUAAUGUCACCCGGUCUGGGACUCUUUAGAUAAUCAUGGUCUUUAGAAGUCCUGGGCUAAUAGAAAAAUUAUGGAAAGUCAUAUGGCACACAGAACCUUAGGAGUUUUAUUAGCCUGUCUACCUAAGGCUAAGGUAGGCUUCAGCCUUGCACAGAGAGGAACUUUGGACCAAAAUGUAUAUGUCAAAAAAUCCCUCUCCCAUGGUGAUGUUUACAAAAUGUCUUUCUACCUUCUUCUAAGUUCCCUAACAAUCUACAACCAACAUGACAAGGAGCCAAAGUGUUCUCAGAAGCCAAGAGCGGAGUGUGUGUCAUAUCCAACCUUGGAAAGCUCAUCUAUCUCCUGUAUUUACUCAACGUCUUAUAACAAAGAGAAAUCCUCCAAUGAGCACUGAAAGAAUUCCAAAGAAGCCUGGGUUUUUAAACUGACAUCCUGGCACCAAGGAUUGAGUAAGGUCUUUCUUCAUGUACAGCAUCCAUAGAACUGGUGGAUAACACAAUUAUAUAUAUCAGCUAGAGGAAAGGUAAAGAUGAAAUAUUCUAAGGAUAAAAUGGAAGAUAGCCUUGAAUAAUAAGUUACAGACAUAAUACUAUCUGAUCAUGGGAAGGGAAAUGAAUGUUUCCCAAGGAUAACUUUACUUUGGAACCCUGACGCUUAAGCUGAGAAUCUGGGACCUGUCCUUCAAUUCUGACUGAAGGACUUUCAACCAAUGACCUUUCAGAUAAACUAGGCAUCUCGCUGUGAGUAUGUGACCAUUGUGAGAUUAGAACACUGCAUAAAUACCUUUUUAAUUACAACAGAAGGAAAUGGUAGUGUACCCACGUGUCACAAUUUUCUGAGUGGAAAUACAAUGGUAAGGCCUUGAAUAAAAGCAAUAGACCAAGUAAGUGGGGAAGUAAGGUCAAGAUGGCAGGAUAUUCCCCUAAAACAGGAAGUUUCGUACAGAAAAUAAACACUUCAUUUACUUAACAAUUUUCUCUACAGUUUCAUGAAACAUUCUCUAGAGCCUGGUAUAUUUCACUUGUGGAAUCGAGACACAGACUUGAUGUUAUUUUUGGGGAAAAAUUAUUUCCUUACAUGUAUCUCUUAUUGUUAUAGUAAGAACUCAGAAAGGAACAAGAGACCAAAGGACCCCAGAAAAUGGAUAGUUCUAAACAUUUAUGUUUUAAAAUGUGAAUGACUAACACAGUCUACAAUUCUCAGACUAUGUAUGCUUUAGUUAUCACUUAAUGUAGAUAAUUAGGCAAUAAAAUUUCCCUUGACUAUAGGAUAUGAAGAAAUAUAGGAAUAGUCAUUAUAACUUGAAAGUAAAGGUUUUCUUGAAUCUCAUCACAAAAGAUCACAGUUUGCAUUUUCAGGUAACGUUCGUGUUCCUUUCUGCAGUGGAGAUGGAGAACAUUUUAUGAACUUCAUAUCUUCUUG